AUGGCGACCACCGUUCGAGGGAUCGAUUUGUUGCAAGAGCAGUUGAAAAAAGCUCGGGAACACCUAAAAGAUGUCGAUGAGAACAUUAAAAAAAUAACAGGGCGAUCGCCGGAUGACUUCAGUCGACCAGGUCAGCGCAGAAUUUCCAUUGGACGUGGUGGAGAUGAUACGGGAGAUCGGGGGCGAGGCAGGUUGUUUAAUGUUUCCAGGCGUGGUAUCCCGGACGACGCACCAUCUGCGAAAAGGCGAGCUGUAGGAAAUGCCUUCAGCAGGUUGGGCCCACGCCCUGGCGGAGGAGGUCGUGGACGAGGACGGAACCGACGGGACAGUGGGGAUGAGGAUGAGAUGCGUGGAAAGCCUGUUCUUCCGUCGGUUGUUCAAGCCUCAGACUCCCGUAGCAGAAGAGAGACUAUUGACCAACAAAAUAAAGACACCAAGGGCAAUGCAAGGAAUAGACGAAUGUUUGGCCUGCUUCUUGGCACUCUGCAGAGGUUCAAGGAUGAUUCACAAGAAAAGCAGGAUAGAGAUAAGAGGCGACGUGACAUUGAGUUGAAGCUUGAAGAACGAGCCGUGCAGGAACGAGAGGACGUCAAGAAGGAGAGGCAGAUGUUAUUCAAUGCCAGGAAGAGAAAACAGCAGGAGCUCAGACAGUUAGAAACGAAAAUGGAACUGGUCAAACUGCAAAAAGACUGGGAGAGAGAAACUAAGAAGCUAUCCAACUUCAUUCGAACUAAAACCAGGCCUCACAUUUACUACUUGCCCAAAGAACUGAUUCCUUCAACCAUUCGCAAACAGCAAGAUACCCGCAAAUUCAUUGACGAGCUCGUCACAAAGCGACGAAAGAAACUAGAGGAAGAGAUCGAAGCCUUGGUAAGGGUGCGAGAAGAGGAGCAUGGUACAGAAGAGGAGGAAGAGGGAGAGUAUGAGGAAGAGGAAGAGGACCGUAAGGAAGAGGAUAAGGAGCGUGGAAAGAGAAAACGUCACCAUGAUGACCAGAGUCGUGAUGAUCAGGAGCAUCACGAUGAUGACGAGGGUCAUCCUGAUGAUCAGGAUCAUCACCAUGACGAGGGUCACCAUGACGACCAAGAACGUUUCCAUGACGACCAAGUCAGAAUGGAGGAAGACAAAGAAAAUGACAAUUCUAAUGAUCGUGUGAAGAGUCCACGGGCUCGUCAAGAUAGUGGGUGUAAAGAGGAGGGGGAGGGUGGAAGGGAAGUCGAGGGUGUGGGGGAAGAAAAGAUAGAGGAAGAUGCCCUUGAGGUUGCUCCCGUACCUACUGAGGUCAGGGAGGAAAGGGUCAGAGAGGCGGAGGUCAGUGUGAUUCACAGUCCCCAGAUGCAUCAGAUCAGACCACGGGAAGAGCCUCGAGGUGCCCCAAUGGCUAUCAAUGAACCUAUGGAGAGCGAGGACUUCUAUGGCCAGGAGCAGAUUCCUGAAGAUUUAGAUCGCCGGGCUAUGAUGCAUGAAGUCAGUGAGUCGGUCGAAGACUGACUUACUAAGAGUGAAUGAUUUCUAUUCUAUUUCAGAGAAAUGUAAUCUUGAUAUUGCUAGUUUAUACCAGGUGCGAAUCAUUAUAUUGCUUUCAUUACCAUUUCAGCUUCUCGUCUGAUGUAAAUCAAUGAAUUUUAUUCAUCAAAACAGGUUCAUCAGCUUGGUUUUAUGCAGUCCAAAGGUUCUCUUAUCACAAGCAAAGUUCAAAAAUCGAUGUUGUUCAAAUUAUUGGCCGUGCACUACAAGGCUUCAUCAGGAUAUGUCUUAAUCAUUGCUGUCAGUGUUGCUGACAUCCUCCGGAUUUUACUGGACCAUUCUUUGGUUCCAUGUCUGGUUGAAGUAUGCAAAGACUGUAGGCCUCAGACCCUUUCAUGGUGGGGCUGUCAAAAGUUGUAUCCAAUGUCCAUUUCCCCCUUUGCUUCUGGGCCCUGUUUUCUCAAAUCAAAUAAGUCUUUACUUGGCAUUAAAUCUACCGGGCCUAUUUUUUCUAGGAGUUAACGCCAAAGUUAGCAAGUUAGUGACUUUAAAACCUGUUAUGAACAACCGGGCAAUAGAAAUCGGCCUGAGGAGACUUGGGUUCAUCAGAGAAUGAACCCAAACACUCUUCAAACUGUUCGUGCACACUUCCCAGUACAUCCCUUUAUCACCGUCUCUGAGGCAACUGUCUGUACAUCCUGUGAGUGGUGGCUUAACUCCCAAAAUUCUUUUAUAUGAAAAACUCAUUAUUUCGAGAAAAAAAAUUACUCCCUUGCCCUUGCAAUGUGGAGAGAACCUUUCUAUCAGAUAAUGUAACUACAUGUAUUUAUUUUAAUUUCAUUCAUGAUUCGGUUUUUUGGUUUCAGGUUUUUAUAGACUUAACUUUUCCAUUCUGUUUUCAGCAGGAAUUCUGUGAAAGGUAAUGUCUAGUAGAGCAAACUUUUAAAAAGUUUGGUGUUAGAAGAUGGAGAAGCAGUCGUUACUGCUAGCUUAGGACUAAUGUUAUGUCAAGAGUUCUGAUAGUGAGAGAUACAAGUGAAUACUGUGGUGUCAUAGUUAUCUGGUCGUUCCGUUGAUAGGGCCUAGCAUGGGUAUACGUGUUUGCACAGUGGUAUAAUAGAACUGAGCGGAGAAUUGAACAACUGACUCUGACCCCACAGUACAUGAAAGUGAACACCAAAAGUGUGCAUAAAAGUUCUUUGUUCAUUUUUUUAUGCAUUCAAUAACCACAUUCUACACAAUCCAGUCUGUUAAAAACACUAAUGCCAUUUUGUCGAUAACUUCUGUUACUCCUCUUUAAAGGGACAAUAUAGGCAGGCAAGAUAAAGUUACACAAAGUCGCCAAUAGGGGUCUCUCACAUCUCACAGUAGGUCGAAUUGAUUCAUUGCAUGAGGGAUAUAUUCAGUGCUGAGUCUGACAUGACCAAGGGCCCUUACUGCGUAUACUAGUCACUUGAAGAUGGCCAAAUUAGCCCCUCUCCUGCCUAUAAUCUCCCUUUAAACGGUCUUACCAUUUGCUUUUGACUCAUUCUACAUGAAGUUGCCGUUUGAUUCACGAUCAGUUUUUUUUCAGCUUUCAAUUUCAGGUUAUGUUGUACUGCUGGGCAUUUCAGAACAAUGACAGUCACUCAUCUCGUGAGAAUAUGUAACUUAAUGUUAGGAUAUUAGGAAUGGGAAGUGUCUUACCAAAAGUUGUGCCUACAGUACAAAUGUUGAUUUUUAAAGGCCUCCUCUUGAACAAUCUGUAGGCAAUACUUGUGUUGUUGCAUCCUGUUUUACUUUCAGUUAGUUAUAGCGCCUCGCCUGUACAUACAAUAUUCCGUCAUUUUCCAGUUUGAUGUGUUCCAAAAGUUCAGCUCAAAUACAUGUAUGCUUAUCUGGUUUUGUUCCAAAGUGUGCUUGCUAAAUCUAUAGGAACUACAGUAGAAUCUCUCUAUUAAGGACACCCAUGGGACUGACAAAUGCUGUCCUUAAUAGAGAGGUGUCCUGAUAAGAGAGGUCAAAUUGAAUGGAAACAAUCAAUUUGGGACCAAAACAAGUGUCCUUAAUAGAGAGGUUGUCCUUAUUAGAGAGGUGUCGGCUAAGGGAGGUUCCACUGUAUGUAAGAUAUAAUCUUGUGUACCAUUACAGUUUUUGCCGCUGUCAAUUCAGUUGCGGUAAAGUAAUAUGAAAUAAUUUUUGGAUUAGGGUAUGAAUUUAGAUAUUCUGAUGCCUAACAUCCCAUUUAAACUAUAGUGGUAAUUAUCUUUGUCAUGGAUGUUAAAAAUCAAUACCUGUGCUGCAUGUCUCUGGCCAAUCUUACGAUUAUCAGUUUAUUCAAUUUAGACAACCUGUCACAAUGUCAUCAUUUCUGAGGGAACUUUCAUGACAAUUUGUUUAGAAUUUUUACUAUAUAGAGUGAGUACUUAGACGAGCUCAAUUACCCCCUUUUAGCAGAAGUGGUGACUGAUGCAUAUGCCACUCUCGUUCACUUUGUAUGUGUAGUGCCUGUCCACGUUUGUAUUUCGUCAUAUAAAUUUGCCAGAAAAUCCUGUUAUUCCCGUCACCACACCAAAAUGUAUGUCCAAACAAAUAAAAUCUAUGAGAAAAACAACGCUAAUUUUUUACUGUCUAAUAUUAAUGAGUCCAACCUAGUGAAUUCAUUGUAGAUAUUUUAAGGUCUGUGGGUCUGAAAUUGCGACAGAAGAGUGGGCCUGGUUGUGAAUAUCAGAAUUUUCUGCUGGUUGUAUUUUGCCUGUACAAAGCCUGAUUAAAAUCUGCAAAUAUGAAUCAGUUCAAAUUUGCUACAUUGAGUUUAUAUGAAUCCCAGCAUAUAAUUCAAUCACAAUAAAAUAAAACCCAUUAGUGAUGAU